ACACUACAGAACUAGGCGUUCGGUAACUAUACUACUUUUGAAACGCUUAGUGAAGAUGGGAAAGAAAAGUCGUGUCUCAGAUGCUGGAAUGUACCCAACAGCACCUUCGGUACCAGGUUAUGGUAUGAACCCUGCCCCACCACCUUACGCCGACGCAGGAUAUCCACCAGCUCCAGGAGGAUAUCCAGCAAACUCUGCGGGUCCAGGAGGCUUUACAGCACCGCCGCAAGGUCCACCAAUCGGUUAUGUUCCCCCACCACCAGGAACAUCUGGGUACCCACAACCAAACUAUCCUCCAGCAGGUCCCCCAGGAGGAUACAACUAUCCUCCACCACAUGGGUACAACGCUCCUCAGUACGCAUACGCCCCACCACCGAAGAAGUCCAAGAAAGGUAAAAUAAAGGAGACCGACGUGCUCUGGGCGACUUUACUCUGCUGUUUGAUCUUUGAUUAACACAUCGUGGAUUCGGAUACACUGUACAUAGAAGAUAUAUAACUCAUGUUACGAGAUAUUAGUUAAUAUUGUAUUGUGUUGUUUUUAAUUCACUAUAUUUAGUACGUACAUUGUAAACUCCGUAGGCUACCGUUCUUGUAUAACAGCUUCGGAAAUAAAAUCAACUAAAAAGUA